UAAAAUAAUUUGUCAAUCGUAAAAUACUACUACAGAAAGAAAAGAAAAUACGAUUUUUUUAUUUUGUGACGACGCAAUAUUUGAUUUAUUUUAUAGAAUAUUUCGCUUUCGUUUACCAUCGGUUUCUUUGUAUAAAUGAGCCGUUAAGACUUUUAACAUUCCUAUUUCUAAUCAAUCGUUUGUUUUUCGUUAAAUGGAUAUGGCUGUUAUUUUGCUUUUUUGUUUCGGUAUCUUUUCCGAUAUAGGUGUAUCAGCUUAUGAACUAAUUCUUACUAAUAGUGGUCCUGCCGUCCGUGGUAACAAUGUAACCUUUACUGCAACAGUACAAGAUUAUAAUGAUGAAGUAUUCAAAUAUGUUUUCUGGGAUGACACAAAAAAUCAAAACAUUGGUGAGAUGAUACUAACUGCUGGUGUGGCUAACUGGACUCAAGAGUAUCCCAAAAGUCUAUAUGCAGCUGGAGAGUACACUGCCACAGUGCAGAUAAGAAAAAAAUUCUUUGUAACUUGGUACCUCGUUGGUACUGUCUCUUGCAAAUUUAAAUUAACAGAUACAUUAAACGGCAAGAUGGUAUUGAGUCAAGACCACGAAGAUAGACCAAACAAUUUUGUAAAAGUGAAUAGACCUGUUACACACACUAUAAAACUGUUAGACAGUGAACUGGAAUUUCUAAAAAACAAUGCUUCAACCGUCGCUACAUACUGGUUCGUUGAUUGCGCUUACAAGAUGAUGACAACAGAUUUAUCUUUUCAAUAUACAUACACUGAUUUAAUGGGGGAUCAUAACAUUGAAGCUAUAGUGGCGGCGAAUAAUCAGCCACUGCCACCAAUUACUACUACUACUACUACAACGACGACAACAACAACAACUACUACUACGACGACAACGACAACCACUACAACAACAACUACAACGCCUAAACCUACACCAUCUCCAGCACCAGAAAAUAAAACCAGUGUAACAGAUAAUACUACAUCCGCGUCAAUCCAUAGCCUUGCAAAACGAAGUGCCUCGCUGAAAACAAGAAAUAUCACUUCUUUAAUCAAAGACUCAAUCUGUAAUAAUAGUUUGUCUUAUCUGCCAACAAGUGACGAUUAUACUAUUGGACAUUAUAAGGAAACUAUUAGUGUAAGAGAACCUAUAACUACAAUCAACAUCACUGGACUGAAUUGGCUCCAACACGGAGAGCUGAUGAACCUCCAAGUUAAAUACUCUGGCACACCUCCGUUCAACUAUUGCGUUCAGUAUAAGCUCGGUGAAUACAAUGUGACGAACAAUGAGACAUGCUCUUCUUUACUAAAUACCGACUCCAAUGGAUUCACACUGAUACACUAUUUCCCUGAAGGUGAUCAGCAUACGGUGGUCGUUAUAAUAGAAAACGUUGUUGGUAAAAGUGUGUCGCGAGCUACUAUUAAUAUUUAUAAAGCCGUGGUGCAGGCGCAGUUGUCUGUUAUCGUGGUGCCGGUGGCGUUCUGUUUGUUGGCUGUUAUAUUGGUGGUGUUUGGCAUUGCCUACUACCAACAUCGUUCAAGGUAUACAAUUGAAGUGGCCGAUUUCGAUUUCGGCCAAGCAAAUCUGGACUACAAGACGUUCACCGAGCGACUCCGGGAUAGUUUCCGGAACGCGUUCAACUUCAGGCAACACGAGGAUCUAGACGCGUUAGUCAGUAAUACCAGAUAUGAUUCCAUGUAAUAGGUAUCGAAUCGAGUAUGUUUAAAACCGCGUUCGCAAUGGGCAGAUGAAAAAGUUCCGCAACAGGGUCAUCUAAAGCAGUAGAUCGUGUUUGAAAUUUUCCAAAACAUCCGUUUUGGAAAAUUUCAACGCGUACACUUGAGAGCUAACUAAUGUGCGUGCCAAUCUUAUUCUUCGCUGACUCGGUGUGUACGCGGCUUAAGGAAUGACACGAAAUGUUGAAAAGGUGUAGUGUUGCCGAAAUAGAAUGUAUCGUACAGAACGAAUUAAGAGGAAUAGCAACCUUAAAAACGUAUGCAACAGACAUGAUGUUGCAUUAUUCGCAAAAAAAAGCAGUCUGUUGAUGGAUUCAGCGGCAACCAGUAUUACUAUCUGUCAUGUGAAAGGGCGUAAGUGUAAACUCAAACUAAAUGAAGCGCGUGACUUCUUAAAAACGUCAAGUAAAGAAAACCAAAUGUACAUUCAAACUUUAGUCUAUAUUCAAAUGAGAUAGAGUGAAAUUUUGUAGACUUUUAUUAACUUCUGAUAUUUUUUCAAAGAGGUUUGGGCUUAAUUUUCAUUGUUUUUAAAUGCAUGUAACCCAAGCAUUAGCUACUUGAAUUCAACGCAGAAACUUACAUCUGUCCAUCAAAUAAAAUCUGGAAUGAUAAAGAACAUGCAAUCAUUCCAUUAUUGUAUUUACCUACGUGUAAUUUUGUAUGUUCCUUUUGAUGAAUCUAGCUGUUUUGUAGCGUUUAGUCUAUGGCGUUUAGAAAAGAGUAAAGGCCUGAAUUGAAAUACAUACUUCGGAACAUUGCUUGUAAUCACAAAUGUAGGAAAAGAAAUAUAUUCUAUAACGCGAAAAUGAAAUACGCAAAAUGCCAAACCCCAAUGUGUGUAGGCACCUUUAUUCGUGCUUUAAAACACCGAUAUUUAAGACAACAUUAUUAUAUUUAAAAUUAAUUCAUUUAUUGUUUUAGUGCUAAAUUAUAUGACUAUUACCUACAGACUGAUGGACUAUUUAUUCAUAUUAUUUUUUUAUAUUGUAAUUAGUUACUAAUAAUGCUUUGAUGGGUGUUUUCUUCGGCGGUCUGUUGCUAAUCAAAAAUUUGCUAGCAGGUUAGGUUAUUUUUUGUUUCAAUCUAAUAUCCAAGUUGGCCAGAGGCAAAAUAUUUAAGAAUAAGAGAUUGAUUUAAUUGAGAAUUAUUGUGAUAUGAUUUAUUUCAAAUCGAUAAGAUAUUUUUCUAUUUACAUACGAAAAAUAUCUUGUUUGGUAAUAGUUAUAAAAAAUGUAAUCAUUAAAAUACGCCAGUUAUUUCUUUUCUACGGCUUGGUAUAACAAUUUAAUCGGGAAUACUUAAUAUUAACUUCCAUUUUUAAUUAAAUGUAGGUUAUAAACCAGUGUAUUUUUUUUUGUAUUUCGUUAAUGUCAGGUAUAAGUUGGCAAAAAAUUAAUUAAGAGGAAUUGGAAUUAACUUUUUCGGAGUGCGCAGUGCGCCUAUCACCAUGAAUCAGAGCGAAUGACAAGUAAUUCUUCGUACUUAGUUAAAGUCUUGCCAACCUGUAAUUGACACAACCAAAUUGUAUAUUUGUUGGUUUCAGUAUGGAUCGGAAAUCCAAAUGGCAAGUCAUGUUUUGUGAUAUAUUAGGAUUAAUUAUUAUUAUUAAUUUAGACUUACAAUAUAAAAACGGUAAAAAUAAAGUAUUAUUGUAUAUUUUGUUCAUACUGUAUUAUACAAUACUUACAACGUUACUAGUUACUUACGUUUUUAAAGAUUAUAUGACAUUUAUCCAGUUAAGAUUUGAGACAAUACAAUUUUCGUAAUGUAUUUUUUUUGUUUUUCUUUAAUAAUACGUAUUGUCCUCUGUUACUGCUUCAUCUAAAUAAUCUUAUAUGAGAUAGUCAUUAUCAAGCAAAGAGAAUUAUGGGUAAGGCCGUAGAUUUUGCCACUUAGUAACAUAGAGUAACAUAGAUACUUCUAUGUUAUGGUAACGUAUAAGUAACACGAAAGUAACGAGUAAAGAGUGUAAGGUCGAAUUCAGAAGUACUGCCUCUUUUUUUUAUUAGUUUUUUUUUUCAAAUUUCAUAAUAUUUUCGUAAAGUACUGAAAAUUAUACUAACGUACGAUUGUAAUGGCAAGCACAAUUCCAUAGGAAUUGGAGAAGCAAAUGUAUUCUGAGAAACACAAACGAAGUUAAUGCAAUGUUCCAAAACAAAAUGUAUGUACGGGCGUACGGGCCAGGGUAUCUAUUAACCUUAUGUAAGAACUAAGCAUAUAAAUGAAAUGAAGCGGUGGUGGUCUAGUGGUUAAGACGUCCGCCUGGUGAUCAAAAUGUCCCGGGUUCGAAUCCUACUCGAGCCACAUGAGUUUGUAUGCUAAUCUGACUUACGUUUAGUACUUUUCAUGACCACCACUUGCUUCCGGUGAAGGAAAACAUCGUGAGGAAGUCACAUUAGUCGAUUAUUUAUCAGUUAGUGAGUGAAAUGGAGAAGGCAAUGGCAAACCACUCUAUUAAUAUUGCCAAGAAAGUCGUUGUGUGUGUUUCAUUGAAAUCCAUAUAAUGAUCACGACUUCUCAGCCAUGAGGAAUACGACUAAGAAAAAGAAGAAGCAAAUAAAAAACAAUGAAAUCUUCUAAAAUGUCUAUUCAUUAAAUAGGUACUUAAAACACAAUGUGUACUAAUUAAUCAAUUAAAUCACAAAAAAGGAACUAGGUAACCACUUUUACUUAUGUCAACUAACAAAUGAUUUAAAAUAUUUAAAUAAAAAAUACAGUAUCUUCAUCAUUUUGCAGAUAAUAUUCUUUUGAAUCUGUCUCUAACUGAAUCAAAUUUAUCUUUUUUACUAUAGAAAUUGUGGUCACAGAAUCAAGAUCUAACUUUCUUUGCACUAAGAAUUUUACAGAAUUAUUUGAAAUCUUAACAUUUAAAAAAAAAAUUAUUUUGUAAUAUGUUUCGUCAUUUUUAAAUUCUAUGAUCUCAACAAAUCCAAUAUAAUACUUCCACGUUUUUCUUUCAAAUUAUCUAACCAUAACGAAUCUUUUAUGUUGAAACUUAAAUAAUUCCCUUCAUUUUCAUUAUUCUCUCUAACCGUGCUGCCAAGUUCUUCAUCGUUCUGCUCGCUUCCUUCUAUAAAAAACACAUUUUAUAAAUUGGAUUUCAAAAUUCAUCUUGCACUUUUAAUGAUUAAAAUAAUAAUAAUAUUUUGUUUUCCUAAGCCAUUAACUACAGGAAAUACUUAUUUAAUAUAUGAAAUUAAAUGAGUCGUAGCCUAUUGCACGAGUCUAUGUACGAAUCCUUACAACACUUAAACGUUACGUAACAUACAAUCAAUGUUACCGAUAACAUAGCAGUAACCUAGAAGUAACGCAGAAGCAAGAUUUUUUUGGUUAUAAUUUACCAUAACUCGAUCAUUCGAGCUAAAUUUAAAACAAAACACGGCUCCUGCAUAACUUAUUCACUAAAUAAUACUUUCACAUGAAAAUAGGAGUAAUAAACCAAUUCUUUACCUUUGAAAUCGAAUAAAUCCCGAAUGACGACACACACCUGCACUCACUUUUUGUCAAACCCACCACAGUAAACAAAAUGGUUUUUUUUUUUCUUUUUGUCCAUGGACACUUAAGUGUUGCCAGUAUCGAUACAAAAUAUUACCAAAAUGUUUUACCUUAAUUAGAGGUGAAAUUGUGGUAACAUACAAAAUUGUAACAUAUAAGCAAAAAUACGGGGACAAACAUUUAAAUUGCGAUAAAAAAAUUAAAUCUACUUAUUUUAAAUAAUCUCAUAUUAUUAAUUGGCUGCUUAGUUUUGCGUUCUGUAGGUUAAGUUCUUGUAAACUUGACAUUCAAUAAAUAUACUACGAGUUUUGUAGUUCUCUAGUAUUUGGAUGAUAAAAAAGACAACGCGAUUUUUGCAAAAUUUGGAGGACUGGCCAAGUUGAACACACUCUAGAAGUUAAAGUAUUGAAGUGUUUGAACUUUUGAAAUUAAAUUAUGUAGAGAUAAGAGCUACAAAAUAUAUUAUGAGUACCUUAGUAACAAAUUACUAGCAUUAGUCUUUUAUAUAUGCAGUCAAAAUGUGGGACAUAUUUUUUUUUCAAAUAGUGGCAAAAUUUACGGCCUUACCCUAUAUAUUAUUUAAAAAAACGUGUACAGUAUUGUAUAAUUGUAGAAUGAAUCAAAUUAAUAAAUGUAGUUACAAUAAAAAUGUUACACAAUUUUA